ACUGUGCAUGGUCCCUCUGGUCUUCUGGUUGUUCCUCUGGGAUCUACAGUGGUUUUGCCCUGUUAUGUUGAUGAACCCUUACUAAUAAUGGGUCUGGAGGUGGAAUGGAGAAGAACAGACCCAGAGACUCUGGUUCAUCUGUAUCAAGAUGGUGAGAGUCAACCAGGGGCCCAGCAGCAGGAUUAUCUUGAUAGAGCUCAUUUCUUUACUGAUCAGAUUCAACAUGGAAACUUCGCCCUUCGUCUGGACAAUCUGAGAGCUAAAGAUCAGGGACAAUACACAUGCAAAGUUUACAGUCAGCAGGAUUAUGGUGAGACAGAGUUUCAAAUAAAAGUUGUUGAGCAUUUUCAAGUAUCAGGAUUGAGUCGCCCCAUAUCUGCGACUAUGGGUGAUGAUGUCACUCUGCACUGCUCUGUAGACUCUCACAUCAUAACUGAACACAUUAAAAUGGUUUCAUGGAAGAAAACAGAUGAAGACGAUAUUUUGGUUCUGCUCUACCAAGACAAUAAGGCUUUACCAGAUUUAUCAAAUGAGCAGUACAGAGAUAGAGUUGAGUUCUUCACUGAUGAAAUCCCCAAAGGAAACUUCUCUCUCAGACUGAAGAAUGUCGGAACUCGCGACAAAGGAGUUUACAUGUGUCAAGUGUUUGCUGGAAAUUUAUCUGCCAAUGCAACUGCAGAACUGGAGGGACUGGAUACCCUGAAGGACCUACCUGAGAGCCGUGAGUUUAGACCGAUGCUCACGGAGAACAUCAGAGAGCCGGGGGCAGAGGGGGUGGCGCGGACUGGUCUGGUUAAAAGUGGGCAGAAGUCAUCUAAGCAAGAUGUUAGAGUGGUGCAAAGAGUGUCAGUAGCAGUGUUAGUGUCCAAUGAUGAGAAUUGGUUAGGGGGAGGAAGUGUGGAUGAGACCAAAGAGGAUAGGUGGGAUGGUUUAACUGUGCAUGGUCCCUCUGGUCCUCUGGUUGUUCCUCUGGGAUCUACAGUGGUUUUGCCCUGUUAUAUUGAUGAACCCUUACUAAUAAUGGGUCUGGAGGUGGAAUGGAGAAGAACAGGGUCAGAGACUCUGGUUCAUCUGUAUCAAGAUGGUGAGAGUCGACCAGAGGCCCAGCAGCAGGAUUAUCUUGAUAGAGCUCAUUUCUUUACUGAUCAGAUUCAACACGGAAACUUUGCCCUUCGUCUGGACAAUCUGAGAGCUGAAGAUGAGGGACAAUACACAUGUAAAGUUUACAGUCAGCAGUAUUAUGGAGAGACUAAGAUUCAAAUAAAAGUUGUUGAGCGUUUGCUAGUAUCAGGAUUGAGUCGCUCCAUAUCUGCGACUGUAGGUGAUGAUGUCACUCUGAACUGCUCUGUAGACUCUCACAUCACAACUGAACACAUUAAAAUAGUUUCAUGGAGGAAAACAGAUGAAGACGAUAUUUUGGUUCUGCUCUACCAAGACAAUGCAGCUUUACCAGCUUUAUCAAAUGAGCAGUACAGAGAUAGAGUUGAGUUCUUCACUGAUGAAAUCCCCAAAGGAAACUUCUCUCUCAAACUGAAGAAUGUCAGAACUCGCGACAAAGGAGUUUACAUGUGUCAAGUGUUUGCUGGAAGUUUAUCUGCCAGUGCAACUGCAGAACUGGAGCGACUGGGUUUAUCUGUUUCACAGACAAUGGUGCUGAUUCUCUGUAUCUCUGCAUCUGGAUCUGCACUUCUGCUUUGUUGUCUGAUCUACUGCAAAUCAACUACUAAAGCAGAGUAA